GUAAUUAAAUGUGUGCCCUGUGGACCUGCACGUGGCUGGAAUGCUCAAGGGUCCUGAAGAUCCUUCGGUAGCUUCCUUCUGUCGAACCUGUUAAGAUGGCAAAAGGCAACAUAACUAGAGACCUCAUCCGCAGGCAGGUCAAGGAGCGGGGUGCCCUGAGCUUCGAGCGGCGCUAUCAUGUCACUGACCCCUUUAUCCGGCGGCUGGGCCUGGAAGCAGAGCUGCAGGGUCACUCGGGAUGUGUCAACUGUCUGGAGUGGAAUGAGAAAGGAGACCUGCUGGCCUCUGGCUCUGAUGACCAGCACACGAUUGUGUGGGACCCACUGCGCCACAGGAAGCUGCUCUCCAUGCACACGGGGCACACCGCCAACAUCUUCUCUGUCAAGUUCCUGCCUCACGCUGGGGACCGCAUCUUAAUCACGGGGGCAGCUGACUCCAAGGUGCAUGUCCAUGAUCUGACUGUGAAGGAGACCAUCCACAUGUUUGGAGACCACACAAACCGGGUGAAGCGCAUCGCCACGGCGCCCAUGUGGCCCAACACAUUCUGGAGUGCCGCCGAGGAUGGGCUCAUCCGCCAGUAUGACCUUCGAGAGAACAGCAAGCACUCGGAGGUGCUGAUCGACCUGACAGAAUACUGUGGCCAGCUGGUGGAGGCCAAGUGCCUCACCGUCAACCCCCAGGACAACAACUGCCUGGCGGUAGGGGCCAGCGGGCCCUUCGUGAGGCUCUACGACAUCCGCAUGAUCCACAACCACAGGAAGAGCAUGAAGCAGAGCGCUCCCGCGGGCGUGCACACCUUCUGUGAUCGGCAGAGGCCUCUCCCGGACGGCGCAGCGCAGUAUUACGUGGCAGGUCACCUGCCAGUGAAGCUGCCAGACUACAACAACCGUCUGAGAGUCCUGGUUGCCACCUACGUGACCUUCAGCCCUAAUGGCACAGAACUGCUGGUCAACAUGGGAGGGGAGCAGGUCUACCUGUUUGACCUGACUAACAAGCAGCGGCCGUACACCUUCCUCUUGCCCAGAAAGUGGCACUCCUCCGGGGAAGUCCAGAACAGCAAGAUGCCCACCAAUGGCCUGUCCAACGGCCUGCACCUUCACAGUAAUGGCUUUCGGCUGCCGGAGAGUAAGGGACACGCCAGCCCCCAAGCCGAGCUGCCCCCAUACCUGGAGCGUGUGAAGCAGCAGGCCAACGAGGCCUUCGCCUGCCAGCAGUGGACGCAGGCCAUCCAGCUGUACAGCCAGGCCGUGCAGAGGGCACCCCACAACGCCAUGCUCUAUGGCAACCGAGCUGCUGCCUACAUGAAGCGCAAGUGGGACGGCGACCACUACGACGCCCUGAGGGACUGCCUGAAGGCCAUCUCCCUCAACCCGUGCCACCUGAAGGCGCACUUCCGCCUGGCCCGCUGCCUCUUUGAGCUCAAGUACGUGGCUGAGGCCCUGGAGUGCCUGGACGACUUCAAAGGGAAGUUCCCGGAGCAGGCGCAUAGCAGCGCGUGUGAUGCGCUGGGCCGGGACAUCACCGCAGCGCUCUUCUCCAAGAGCGAUGGGGAGGAGAGGAAGGGAGCGGGGGCCGGCCCAGUCCGCCUACGCAGCGCCAGCCGCAAGGACUCCAUCUCGGAGGACGAGAUGGUGCUGCGUGAGCGAAGCUACGACUACCAGUUCCGCUACUGCGGCCACUGCAACACCACCACCGACAUCAAGGAGGCCAACUUCUUCGGCAGCAACGCCCAGUACGUCGUCAGCGGCUCCGACGACGGCUCCUUCUUCAUCUGGGAGAAGGAGACCACCAACCUAGUCCGUGUGCUUCAGGGGGACGAAUCCAUCGUCAACUGCCUGCAGCCGCACCCCAGCUGCUGCUUCCUGGCCACCAGCGGCAUCGACCCUGUGGUCCGGCUCUGGAACCCCCGGCCAGAGAGUGAAGACCUCACCGGCCGGGUCGUGGAGGACAUGGAAGGCGCCUCCCAGGCCAACCAGCGGCGCAUGAACGCGGACCCCCUGGAGGUGAUGCUGCUGAACAUGGGCUACCGCAUCACGGGCCUGAGCAGUGGGGGCGCUGGGGCCUCCGACGACGAGGACAGCUCCGAGGGCCAGGUGCAGUGCCGGCCCAGCUAGGCCUCCGCCUGCCCCCAGCCCUGCUGCGACCCUCCGCCCUGGGCAGGAGGGCUGGGCCUUGUUCUGGUUCGUCUUCCCCACCCAUUUUUUCAUGUCCUGUUUUAUCUGUCUGUGGGGGUUGCUGCAACUUGCUGGCUCUCAGAGCUCAGGCUGAUUGUCCCUUAACUGUCCCCAGCCCUGAGCAGAAGGGCAGGAGCAAAAGCCCUCAGGUGCCCCACCUCAUCCCAGGUCCUUCUUUCUUGGGCAGAGAAACAGGAGCAGAGGCUGUCUUCAAGGACUGCCUGGGGGGGGAGCUGGAAGGUGGUCCAGUGGCCUGGCCUGUGGCCGCUCUUAUUUCCUGGCUAGCAAGGCUUGCUUCCCUGUGGUCUUCAGGGAAGGUUCUGGAAGAGGAUAGGAUCCCAGACCUAGAGCCACCAGUGCUCUACGUGGAAUCAAAGGAAGGACAGGAGUCCAGGAGCGGGCAAGGCCAGCCAGCUACCUGGGCAUCACAGCACGUCCUUGCCCGCCCAGCUGGGCCCUGCCCUCGGCCCUCCCGGGGUCUCCGCCUUCCCAAGGGCUCAGGUGUGGGGGGCCCUGCCCCUCCCACCCCAUGCCACCACAGCCCUCCCGUCUCGGGCCCUGUCCUCGGGCACUGCCCCUCCCACCCCAUGCCACCACAGCCCUCCCGUCUCGGGCCCUGUCCUCGGGCACUGCCCAGCGUCACUGUGACCUUUGGGCCCAGCUCCCAGCCCGGC